CUGGAGUAAAAAUCAAUAAGAAUAACUACGCAGAACAAGUGUUUACUCUGCAGGUAUUUGUGGUGUAGACAAAAUUUUAAAAACUUAAAAAGUGCAUUGUGCUUACCUAUUUUGUACAUAUAUUACCUAGCUAAUUUAUUACUUAUUUUUACUAUACUAUAAAACAAAAUGUCGUCAACUACAUCAUUGAACAUCGAUGGAAUGAGUAAGUUGACUUAAAAAAUGAUGCUUAAGUAUUUAUAAUAUAAGUAGGUAGGUAUUAUUCAUUUUUUAUUAGGUAGAUUCCCAGGUAACUAUUUUUAACACCUUUUUUAAAAUUACUUACCUACCUAAUAAUAAGAACCUACAUUAGUGUAUUACAAUUUUAUUUUGAGUCUUAAAAAAAACACAAUGUAUUUUUUUAUUAGGGCAUUUUUUCUUCAUUUUUUAACCUGCGACAUCUGCAUAGAUUUUUAUAAAGACCGGCGGUCCUCUAUUGCAUGUAUAUGGAAUGUAAAUAGGUUAUUAAUAUAAAUAAAAUCUAAAUAUACUUCCAAUAUGAGCAAAAAAAAAAAAACAGAUAUUUUAAAAAAUUCUUGAUAGUUAGGUGACUUAAAAAUAUGAAACCCUAUACAGUUACUUACCUGUCAUCACUGGAGUAUCUUGGUUUAUGACUAACGAAACCAUAUCCACUCUGAUCUCAUCAUUAGAACAGUUAAUGAAACCGCCGCACUCGUUUACAAAUGCUUCUGUAUUAAUUUCUAUUAAACACUAACCCCUCUUUACUUAAUUUGCUUUAAACAGUUUCCAGUGACUGAGUUACCCAUUUAUCCGCUUAAUCACUUAAAUCACCAAUCUUGUUACUAGGUAUCUCUGGUAUUUUUUGUUCUCCUAUAUAAAAAUAACGUAUUGUGCUUUUUGUAGAAAUUGUGAUUUUUCAAAAUAAAACCAUAAGGUAAUUUAAAAAAAAGUUACUAACAGUCUAUCUACACGAUACAUGUGUACAUUAUGGUACACUAUUUAGUUGUAUACGCGUAUACAAAAACAAAAUCAUCCGUUAUUUACUUAUGUAACUCCGUUGUUCCAAUUAACCAUAUACCUAUACCUAUAUAUAUUUUAGAUUCUGUGUGGAGCGAAAAACCUUAUAGUUUUACAAAGAUGUUUAUUUUUUAUUUGUGAGUAACUUUUCUACCAGAAGACUUGCUUGAAUUUCUAAGUGUAGCAUCUUUUCUGAAAGGAAAUCGCUGUGGGAAGGUACUAUUUGUACUAUUUUAGGUCAUUUUUCGAAUUUCUCAUCAAAUGCGAAAAACCGAAAAAAAAACCAGGAAAAUAUAAGAAAACUAGGUAUUAGUUAAAAUAUAUUACGACCUUCAUUUUUUCUGUGCACAACUUUUCUACCAGCCAUUUUGCUCUAACUUUUAAUGAUAGCAAUGUUUUUAAAAGGAAAUUUUUCUAGGAAGGUACUUUAGAGAGGUAGUUUUACGAUUUUCCAAAGAGUUUUCCAAGAAAAUGUGAAAAAUCGGGAUAAAACAUGGGAAAAUCGUAUGAAAACUGGGAAAAUUGGUACAACAUUAAACAAAUUGUAUUAAAGAAAAUAUAUAAAGCCUAUUUAAUUGUUUUACUAUAUAUUGUUGACAAAGCAUCACAUCAACUGAAUUCCGCUCAGAAUCAUUUUUCGUAAGCAAUGAUUUAUAAUGAUAACGAUAUUGCUUACAGAUAUACAUUAAAUUCCCGUUUAUAUCCUACCUUCCGAACUUCCCACCUACACCAGUGGCUGCACUUUUUUCACACGUUUUUAAUGUACCCUGCUCAAUAUUUAAGGGGUUGAAUAUUGAAUUUCCGAAAUAAUGUUUUUCAUCAAUUUAGAUAAUUUUUUUUCUUUAAAUAUCAAUCUAUUGAUAACAUUUAUUUUCUGGGUACUAAAAAGAAUUUAUGUCUACAGUCAGGUAAUAAAAAAAUUAAAUGGAAUUAUUAUCUACUGAGUUGGUACAUUUGUUAAUAUUUCCGCUGUGUAUAUGACGGGGUAAAUUAUAAUACGAAUAACAGACUAGUUCGUUUUUGCUGACUACCAGACCGUUUCAGUUGCCCCCCGACGAUGAUUUCUUUAAUGGAAGGCUAUAGACUUAACAUAAUUGUUUACAUAGGUACUUAUAUACAUAUCUACUCAUGGGUAUUGUUGCCCCCACACUUACUUAAAAGUAAUAGGUUAUUUAGAAGUGAACAAAAGAUGGGUUUUGGGAAUUCAAACCCCCAAGGAGGGAGCCCUACGAGAGGAGAUUCGAUCUCAACACACAUUUUCCUAUAUAAGAAUUUUGAGGCCGGAGGUAAUUUUUUGGUAGUGCCUUUAAAUUCAAUGAUUUAGCUAUAUAUAUAUAUAUAUUAUAGGUAUAUCAUUUUUUUUAUAUUCAAUUUAUUUUUUAAGAUUAUAAAUAAAUUACACCAUGUCUAAAAAAAAAUGACUAAAAUAAAAAAUUAUUACAUAUAUUAAUAUAUGUGUAGUCCUCAUCCAUGUGAGUAAUAUAAAACACCCCGAAUUUGAUUAACUUUAUUAUCUCUAGAGAUAAUCAAGUGGUAUAUUUUCGUGGAACAGCCUGUAUGUAUAUAGUAUACGAGUAUGUAUAGUGUUAUCCUUAUGCUUAUAAUACUGUCAAAACUUUUUUUUUUUUUAAAAUAGAUAUCAGUUUUUAUUAUUUUAAAAAUCAAUUUUAUUUUAGGUGCUGACGAAAAAAUUGAACACAUUAAUUUGUUACGUGAAAUAAUUCGUCUCAAAGAACAGUCUGGAACUGGUUUUAGUUCUCAAAAUAACGGAAAUAAAAAAAGAAAUAUUAUCAGCGGAACAGUAAUGUCUAUUAUAUUUGUUACUUGCUUCGUUCUGGUAGUGGCAAUGGCUUUUUAUUCUUUCCGCACCCUAUACCUUGCCAUACAGAAAAAAUUCCCGACUCCACAUUCAGAAUUGUAAUAAUGGUCAAAAAGUAAUUUAUUAAGAUAAUUUUCUAAUUGUAUUUACACAUUUUAUAACAUUAUAAUAAAGAGAUUAGUAUAUAGGUACUUAUAUUUAUAAUGUGUAAUAUAUAUAUUUAUUAACAUUGUAUCUAAUUGUAAAAAGAGAAGUAUAGAUAUUUCAAUUUAUAAUAGUAAUAAUUGUUUGAUACUUUGCUAUAGUUAUUUGUAUGGUUUUAUUACUAUUUUUUUUUUUUUAAAUUGUUUGAAGUAUGUUCUUAUUAUUAGUAGCUAAAUUCAUUUUAAAUAAAUAGAUACUUAUCAUAUUGAUUUUAACUUCUAGAUCCCAUACACGAAACGACUUGUUAAAAUUUUCUGUAUUAGUUCAAAUGUCAUGGUUUCAGUGGUUUCACAGAAGUUAUUGUUGACACUGAUGACCAACCAACUAAGAAUUACAUUAGUUUUAAUUUGUAGGCUAUAUUGUCAAAACAGACUAUAGGAUCACGUAAUUCCUUACUUAUUAAAGAUAUCAAACCGAAAUAAAUGCUUACUAAAAUAUGUUUUCAGAAUUAACACACUUAUAUAUUACGUCCUAAGUAUAAUAAUACGGCUUUUUAACGAAACUAAUUGGAGGUUUUAACUAGCUCUCCCCUUCCCUACGAAGUUGUUUUAAAAAAUAUUUACGAAUUCUAUGUACCUAAUAGGUACAUAUGGUUGCAUAAUUUAUAUUUCAAAAAUAUUUCCUAACAAUUUUGAAUACGUGUAUAAUGCACAUUGUAUGUCAUGCACUAAGCAUUUAUUAAAUAAUUUAAUAUCCCAAAAACCUGUCCAGAAAUAGUUAUUGUUCUGGCAGGGCAUUUAUUAUCGGAUUUAUUAAGGUUUACAAAAGCCAUACAGAUAAAAAUGGGUAUAGUAUUUAAAUAUUGUAUCUUGUAUCUAAAGAUUUCUCAUUAUAUUAUAUUUACACAAAUACUUUUUUAUAAGCCUUAUUUUAUACAUAAAAAAAAAAAUCAAUACAUAAAUCCAAAUAAAUACUUUUUGUAAAAUUUACAAAUGUUGAUAAAAAUUUGUCUAAACAAGUUGGUCGACAAAUAAUUUCAUGUAUAAUCGUAUGGAACCAUUAAUAAAACCUAUUUAUUUCCAGAUUCUAUUAAUUUUUUUAAAACUGUCAUAUUUUCUGAAGCUACAGCUUGUCGAUAAAUAGAUAUCGUGUCGGUUUUAUUAUUAUUGACUGAAAUUAAAAAAAUAAAAUUGCAUUAUAGUACUCUAGUUCAUGAGUCAAUAAUUAAAUACGCAUGCGGAAAAAAAAGUCUCAGCAAAAAGUCCUAAAACAAUUCCAAUCACG